AUGACCCCCAAAUUGGAGCAACAAGAAAGUGAAGAGAAAGUGCCUUUUGCAGCCAGGGAGCGAAUUCCCGGCCAGGCCAUCUCACCCACACCGAGGCGCCCCAACUAUUUCUUCCCUUCUCCUCUACGGAACACCCCGAGUCCAGCUGCAUCGUCCUGUCCUCCGAGGCCCAAGAAAGCAUCUGGAAACGGAUUUUUUCCAGACCAAGUUUCCAUCCUGCAGCGCCUAACAGGGCUCUUUCCAGGCCGCCUCUCCACCCACACCGCCCCCCAACCUUCCCCAGCCGGAGAGAGGCUGGCUGUUCCGCACCAAGCGGGAACCGGGGUGCAGGCAGGGCCGGGCAGCGCAACAAAAGCCUCGGCCUUGGGUCGGACAGGGCGAUGCCCGGACAGACGCCUUUGUGCCCGGCCCCGGCCCCCCACCCCAACCCUGCAUUCCACCGAGCUGCGCCCAGCCGCCCGCGCCCCGGCCCCGGCCUCGGCCUCGCAGGCGGCGCUGCUGGCCUUUGGGCCCGAGCCAGCAUCAUCUCGCUCCCCGCCGAGGCGGCCGGGCCGGGCCGGGCCGGGAAGAGCCCUCUGCGCGCGGGCCGCUACGCCCCGGCCGGCCGGCCGCUCCGCGAGCCCCGGGCACCUCCCCGGACAGGAGCCCACCUGCCGCCUCUGCCCGGCCUCCCUCGCUCGGGUCCCGCAGCCGCUCGCGCCGCUCCGUCCGCCCGCGCUCGGGUCAGCACACGCCCCCGGCCCGGCCCGGCCCGGCCCGCCCGGCCCACGCCACACCCCAGACCUAGCCGCGCCCUCCCAGCCGCUCCGCCCGCUGCAACUCCCGUCUACGCUCCUGGCCUUCCGUCCUGUUCGCUUGCUUGCUUGUUUGUCUGUUUACUUGCCGUACCUGGCGGUGCUUAACGGUUCCCCCCGGCUUCUGGCGGGUCUGGGGUGUCCAGAGAUGGAAUCCAGGGAACCCAAUGCAAGUCAAACCCUUCUAACAGACCCCCAGCCCCAUCUCUCCAAGCCACAUCGCUUUGCCAUUUCUUUUGUCAGCUAA